AUGCAAGCAGUGUCGAUCUACACUGUGAUCAUUUUCUGCCCAAUCUUCUCCAAACUCUGUGACGUCAUCGGAAGAAAGAGAACCCUACUCCUGAUAUGCAUUCCCGACCUACUAACCUGGAUAUUGAUAGCGAACGCAAGAAAAGCUUACGUCUUCUUCAUUGCCAAAGUAUUUUCAGGUAUGUCGCAUGGCAUCAUGUUCGCUGCCAUACCUACAUACACCGGUGAAAUAAGUGAACCCAAAGUGAGAGGAACUUGGGGCAAUGCUAUGACUGUGUUCUUUUAUGCAGGUCAACUAUUCGUUACUGUUAUUGGUAGUUACUAUAGUGUCCCAACAUCUUGCUACAUCUUCAUGCCCAUUUCUGUUGUGUUUGGUAUCGUAUUCUGCUUCAUGCCAGAGAGUCCUGUAUUUCUUCUAAUGAAAGGAAGACAUGAGGAAGCUAAAAAUUCGUUGAGGAGACUCAGAGGAAGGGAAGAUAUCAGUGCCGAUUUUGAAGCGUUAAAAGCAGAUGUGGAUCGCCAGAUGUCUGAAAGAGGAAGGUGGAAAGAUCUCUUCCUAAUCAGAAGCAACAGGAAAGCUUUGAUUGCCUUGACGUUCCUAAGGUUUUCUCUGAUUCUGAGUGGAGCAUUUGUGUUCGUCUUCUACAUCGGUUAUAUUUUUGGAAAGUCAGUUGGUACUUUCACCCCUGAAACAUCAUCAAUUAUAUACAUGGCUUUGCACCUAUUGAUGAGCUUUUUUGCAUCUUUCAUUGUCGAUAUUCUGGGAAGAAGAAAAUCCCUAAUUUUUUCUCUCACACCGUGCAGUAUUGUCCUACUUAUCGAGUCUAUCUAUUUUUACAUGGAUGAACAAGUCACAGACGUGGAUAUUAGUUUUUGGAACUGGAUACCUGUUACGGGCUUGGUGCUAUUCGUUGUUCUCUCUUCGUUUGGGAUAGACAUCAUGCCAGCCCUUAUGCAAGGAGAAUUAUUUUCGGCAGCGAUCAAAGCGAAAGGUGUAGGUUUACUUGUGGUAUUCACUUGUGCCAUGUCUGGUACUGUCCAUUAUUUAUUCUUCCUGCUGAGUUCCCGUUUUGGAAUGUUUGUACCAUUUCUAGUAUUUGCUUGUUGCAAUUUGAUAUCUGCAAUAAUAGCUUACUAUAUCAUACCAGAAACUAGAGGAAAAACUCUUGAAGAAAUACAACAAGAUUUGAAGAGACCAGUCAGAUCGAUGAUAGAUGAUGGAAAAGUGUACGAAAAAUGCAACCAAAACAUUCUGUAA